AUGGCAGAUAUAAAAUUCAAAAAUCAUCUACAAAAAUCAUAAGAAUUUGAUAAGUCUAAAUUGAUUAGAGAGAAAAAGGAAAUAAUCUAACGAUUUCAAUAAUAAUAUAUAAUAGAAUCUGAAGAACCUACUAGAUAUAAGAAAGGAAUUAAAAUUAAGAAUUAUAUUGACUUGGGAAAAUAUGAAGGUGAAUUAAACAAUGAUAAAAGAUGUGGCAAAGGCAUUUAUUAUUAUAGUAAUGGCGAUACUUAUGUGGGAGAAUGGAAGGACGAUAGGUAAAACAGAAAGCACAAUGUAGGUUUCAUGGAAAAGGAGUUUAUUUAUUCGCAAAUGGAGAGAGAUAUGAUGGAUAUUUGACGGAAAGUAUCAAACAUGGUCGAGGAAUAUAUUUAUAUGAGAAUGGUAACAUAUAUGAAGGAGAGUGGGCAAAUGAUAAAAAAAAUGGUUAAGGAACUUAUACAUAUUUUGUAAAUAAUGAAAAAUUUGAAGGGUAAUGGGUUGAUGGUGAAAAACAUGGAAAAGGUUUGUACAUCUACACUAGUGGUGAUUAAUAUUUUGGAGAUUGGAGAGAUGGAGCUAAAUCAGGAAAGGGAGUAUUUGAGUAUUUAAAUGGGUCAAGAUUUGAGGGAGAAUUUCUUGAUGAUAAAGCAAAUGGAUUUGGAGUAAUGGAAUACUAAAAUUAAGAUAAAUAUGAAGGAGAAUGGACAGGAGGUUUAAAAGAAGGAUAAGGAAUAUAUUGGUAUUCUGAUGGAGCAAAGUAUCAAGGAUAAUGGAGGAAUGAUUAAUAAUUUGGACAUGGAAUCUUUUAUUAUGUUAAUGGAGAUAGAUAUGAGGGAUCUUUUGUAGAUGGAGAACGUUCUGGGAAAGGAAUUUAUAUAUAUACUAAUGGAGAUAGGUAUGAAGGAGAUUAUAAGAAUGAUUUGAGGAGUGGUAUUGGAAGAUUAAAAAUGAUUAAUAAUGAUGUUUAUUAUGGAGAAUGGUCAAAUGGAAAGAUUAAUGGUAAAGGAAGAUAUGAAUAUGCAAAUGGUGAUUAUUUUGAAGGUGUCUUUUAGGAUGGUAAGAGAUAAGGAAAAGGAGUGUAUUUUUGGAAAAAUGGAGAUAAACUUAUUGGAUAUUGGAAAAAUGAUAAAAUGGAUGGAGAGGGAGAAUUCCGAUAAUAAAAUUGA